UGUUUUGUACAUAGAAAAAAGAAAAACCCCUUAAUCUCAUCAUAAAUCUCCCUCAUUUAAAGAAUCACUCUGAUCUUUUCCCGGCCUCACCGCAAGCAACCAACCUGUCUCUUGUUGGGAUAUAUAUCUGUAGUUGGCUUAUUGGGAGCACAAACCCAAACACUGUAUCCUUAACCCUAAACUCCAACCCCCCAACCCCAAAUUCCUUUCCCUCGUUUCUCUUUGCUUCUCCCUUGCUAAUUACAGAUGUUUACACCCUGCUUAGAUGGUGUGGUAAUGGCGUAAAAGCGGUGGCCUGACUCUGCCGUUUCCUCAUCUCUUUCUUAAAAGUCUCUCUCGUUGAAAUUUGGGGUAUGGGUCGAGGGAUUUUGGCACCAUAAUGCUGAAUACAUGAAUAUCUGAGGAGGAGGAGGAGGAAGAGAUAAGGGAAACCAACCAUAUAUCCUAGAUAAGCUACGUACUUGCAUCUUCUCUUUUAUGAAAUGCUUCAAGUUGCACACAAAAGCACGGGAAAACAAAUCUAUUAUUAGUUGAACUUUGAGCUUGUUUAGCUUGGAUAAAAUAUCAUAAAAAAGUUUGCUUCUUUUUUUUGUUUUUCAACCAACUACUCCUUAAAUUAUGGAAGUGAGAGGCCAAGAACAUGAUAUUAAAACGCCAGGGUCUUCAGCCUUUGGUCUUCACUCGCCUGGAGUAGAGAGAAGAAAAGAUGGGAACCAUAAUGGUACGGCCGUUCUCACUUGCACUCAAACCCUAGAUCAUGUUCAUCAUCUCCAGAGGCAGCAAUCACUCGGUCAAGGGAGAUCCCCACAUCCGGAUCGAGUCGCUGCCGCCACUGGUGCUGCAGCUGUUGCUCCCAUUUCAGUUGGUUCAAACGCAAAGCCGUCCAACUUCGUCAGAUACCGAGAGUGUCUCAAGAACCAUGCCGCCAGCAUCGGCGGGAAUGUGUACGAUGGCUGCGGCGAGUUCAUGCCUAGUGGUGAAGAAGGAACACUCGAGGCCUUGAAAUGUGCUGCCUGUGACUGUCAUCGCAACUUUCAUCGCAAGGAGGUUGAUGGGGAGACCCAAUUCGGGGCUAAUCCCAGUAGAACUUUGAUGCUUAACCCACUUCAGUUGCCUCCUCCGUUGCCAUCCCCAACCAUGCUGCACCCUCAUCAUAAGUAUUCAAUUCAUACAAGUCCGUCCAGUGCAAUAGUUGCAUCGAUGAAUAACAUGGCGUUCGGAAGCGGCGGUGGCGGUGGGAACGAGUCUUCAAGCGAGGAUCUUAACGUGUUCCAAUCUAACGCCGACGGAGUGCCCCCGCCUCCGCCUUAUGUGUUGUCAAAGAAGAGGUUCCGCACCAAAUUUACGCAGGAGCAGAAGGAUAAGAUGUUGGAGUUAGCCGAGAAAGUGGGUUGGAGGAUCAAUAAACAAGACGAGGAGGAAGUACAGAAGUUUUGUGCUGAGUAUGGGGUGAAAAGGCAGGUAUUCAAGGUUUGGAUGCAUAAUAACAAGAACGUGAAGAAGCCGCCACCGGAGUAAGAGUUGUUAAUUUUCAUGGUUGCUAAACGAGUAGAAUGACAUGUGAGACAUGUAUAUACAAGAGGCAGCCUGGAUUCAUGAGACAACUUGUUAGUGUGAGGAGGGAGCUGGCCUUGAGCUUGAAUGGUUUUGUAUGAUUCUUCACUGUAAACCACGGUUAUAUCUUUGCAUUGAGCACUUAUCUCUUGUAUUAAUUGUUUUCUCUUUAAAUUAUGCUAGUUUCUUUCUCAUUAUUUCUGAAAACAAGGAAAUUUGAAAUGGGGAAAUGAUGGUGUCUCGUUCUUCGUAUUUAA